AUGGCGGCCGAUCACCUGCAUCGUGAACUCGCUGACCUGGGCUUCUACAUCCGGGCAGUCGUGAAAAUGAAGUGGCCUAAAUCAAGCGAUGAUAUGCCGCUAUUCCUGGUCGUCUGCUCCGACACCGUGGAGAACCGCAAGCUCUACCAAUUGACACGGGUCGCCGACGUCCCAGUUCGGACCGAAGAUCUUCGCUCCAGGAGAGGACCAGUGCACUGCUUUCGCUGCCAGGAGAUGAAUCACGUCGCGCGCCACUGCUCUAUGCCGGACAGAUGUGUCCCACGCAGGACGAGCGUGCCCCCGUCCGCCCACCGAGAAGCCAACAUGUGCACUCUGUGGCGGUGCACAGCGGCAGCAACGGGGGCGUCCUCCGCCCUCCCGACAGCGUCGGCCGCUCCUUCUCCCGCCGCAUCCGAGGCCGUGCCAACACCUGAGGCCCCUGCGCCUCCACCACAGCCGCUAGUGGCGGAACCUGGAACUGCCUCUCCCGUGGCGUCUUCCGGACCGCCCCCCGCCAACCGCCGGCGCGGGGUUCGACGCCCCGAGGGUACCCAGUGCUCAGCAACGUCAGUCGAGCAGCCCCAGGUGGACUCUCACAGCGAAGCAGCCUCGCCUCCCCCUUCCAGCGACGGGGCCCCGCCUGCUGCCUCCACCCCUGACCUGGCCAACCUCGUCGCGCAGCUCACUGCCCUAGUGACCAGUGCCACGAAGUUGAUCGAGGUCCUGUCGCAGCAACUCACCGCUGCAGUGCCGAUGGCCGCUCUGGCCCCGACCGCUGUCAACACUCACCAGCUGCACCGUGGGCAGCGUUAG